AGAGUUGAAAAGAGUCUGAGGCGGGCAGAACCAUAAGCAGGGCCAUAAUAGUCCAUGAACACUAAAACAGAAGGAACAUAGACUGAAAUCGUAACAGACAGAUAAUAACCAUGCAGACUGGCUUUUUUUACAGGUGAAUAAUAAUGGAGACCUGACUUUUGAUGAGCCUUUUUCCCAGUAUCAACCCUAUUAUUUUCCUAAAUACUCGACUAAAGACAUUAUCGCUCCACUAUGGACAGACAUUAAUAAUAAUGAGAAAGGAACCAUCUCUUACCGACAAGUAACAGACGCUCGUCUUCUAAAUCGGGCUUCAAGAGACAUAAACAAAUAUUUUCCCAACUUAAACUUCUCUGCCACUUGGGUAUUUAUUGCUACGUGGGAUAAAGUACCAUACUAUAGAAACAGUGAGGCGGAGUCGACCUUCCAAGUGGUUUUGGUGUCUGGCAAAAACAUGUCAUUUGCACUCUUGCAUUAUGAUGUCAUCACUCCCGCCCAAAGUGUAGAGUCCGGCUUUGACACAAUUAAUUCUACAAAUUUCUUUUCAAUUCCUGUUUCUGACAUCGAAAAUCUGCCACAAACAAGCAAUGUCGACAUCAUUGGUCGAUGGGUAUUUCGUGUUGACCAUGUAUCGGGCAACAAUGCUCCUUUUUAUCCAGUUGGCUAUCAGGACUCUCAGGAUCCAUGUCAAAGUAAUACAAACUUAACAGCUCUGCACUUGCAGUAUCCAUUUUUGUAUUUUGGACACAAAUACAAUAACAUAUAUGUCAACAAUAAUGGAUAUUUGACGUUUGAACCAUUUUAUGAAAGCCUCCCCAAGGCUUUUCCUGCCAACUCUACUAGAGACAUUAUAGCUCCACUCUGGGCAAAGUUUGGAAGCAUCUCCUAUUGCAUUGUAACUCAAGGACAUAUUUUGGACCGGGCGAGAAAUGAUAUCAAACAGUAUUUCCCUCAGUUUGGGUUCUCAGUAUAUACUGUCUUCAUUGCUACAUGGAAUAGCCCCAAUAUGGAAUCCUCCUUUCAAGUUGUUCUAGUCAUUUGCAGCACUCUUUCCUUUGUCAUAAUGAACUAUGGAAAUAUCUCCUCAACUGAUCAGAGGUUUCAGGUUGGACAGAAUAAAAAUCUUCCUAAACGACAUUAAGGACCCUGAAUGUUUUUUUUAGUAGAAUUAGAAAAUAAAACAUUUCAAAGACCACCAUAUUGGUCAUAUUUCAUUUA